GACUGUCAAGAACUUAGCUUUAGCUAGCUGUUAAAGGCACGCAUUUCGAUUUUUCAACCAGUCUCUAUUAAUUUAUAUUUUUAGCAUCCCUUCAGUCAUCAUCACCAGUUCCUCAAAAGGUCCGUGAGCGAACGGAGUUCUAAAAAAAAUUCGAUGGCAGACAAUUCCCGCUUCGACCAUGAUCUUGUUCUUGCUCACAAAUUCCCCGAGACAACAUUUACAUACACCGAAAGAGAUGCAGCGGUCUAUGCCUUGGGUGUCGGAGCUUGUGGUCGGAAUGCGAUUGAUUCGGAUGAGCUGAAAUAUGUUUAUCAUGAAAAUGGGCAGCAAUUUGUUCAGGUUUUGCCAACAUUUGCUGCCUUAUUUUCACUGGGAUCAUUGACAAAUGGCAGUAUUGAUUUGCCAGGCUUACAAUAUGAUCCGCGUCUUCUGUUGCAUGGACAACAAUAUAUACAGAUUUACAAGCCAUUUCCUUCGAGUGCAUCUCUAAUUAAUAAAGUAAGUCUUGCCGGGUUGCAUGACAAAGGUAAAGCAGCUAUUCUCGAGCUGGAAACCAAAAGUUAUGAGAAACAAUCUGGUGAAUUAUUGUGUAUGAACAGAUCAACUAUUUAUCUCCGGGGUGCUGGAGGCUUCUCAAACUCAUCCCAUCCGUAUUCCUAUUCCAACUACCCAGUGAACCAGGCUGCUGCUCCGAAAAUUCCUAAAAGCCAACCUUUUGCAGUAUUCGAGGAUUGUACUCAACCAUCUCAGGCAUUGCUGUAUAGGCUAUCUGGUGAUUACAAUCCUCUGCAUUCAGAUCCCAUGAUUGCUGAAGUUGCCGGAUUCUCGCGUCCAAUAUUGCAUGGAUUGUGCUCACUUGGAUUUGCAGUUAGGGCAGUCAUCAAAUGCAUCUGCAGAGGGGAUGCAAACAUCAUCAAGACCAUAUCAGGCCGGUUCCUUUUGCAUGUGUACCCUGGCGAAACUUUGAUCACUGAAAUGUGGCUUGAAGGUUCAAGGGUCAUUUAUCAGGCAAAGGUGAAGGAAAGAAACCGGGCAGUGUUAUCUGGUUUUGUAGACCUCCGUCAUGUGACCCCAUCACUGUAAAUUCAUUUGAUAUACAUUGAACGAGCUGUAUGGUUCUCGUGUAUGGUUUGAAUAAUUGUUUUUAGACAUAGCUGCUGCGAUAAAGAAUGUAAUCAAAUAAAAGCUUCUCAACUUGUAUUGAUUUGACUCA